AAUAUAUAUAGUUUGUCGCAGGACCCUAACCCUAAAAUCUGAACAUUUUGCUCUCAAGCUACAAGAUCCAGCAAGACUAGCCGCAGUCGAAGAAAUCAGAAGUUCACCAUGGGAAAGGUUCACGGAUCGUUGGCUCGUGCCGGUAAGGUGAGAGGACAGACCCCAAAGGUUGCUAAACAAGACAAGAAGAAGCAGCCACGUGGACGUGCUCACAAACGUAUUCAAUACAACCGCCGUUUCGUCACCGCCGUUGUUGGAUUUGGAAAGAAGAGAGGACCAAACUCAUCAGAGAAAUAAGCAUCAUCCGUUAUGUUUUGAAUUGUCUGAUGUUUGUUUAGAGGACUUGUUUAGCUUUAUGGUAACUGCGAAUUUUGUUAUGUUCAACUAAUUUUAUCAAAGUAUCUGCCAUUACUUAAGUUGA